GCGCCGAGGAGGAGAGAAGCGAGGUAAAGGGAGGACAGAACUCGGCUCGGCCUGGCUGCCUCGGCGGUGCCUCCCCCAGCAGCCAUUGCCCGGCGCGCGGCGUUCUGAAAGCCGGCCUUCCCCACUUUGCGUACCCCAAGCCGAGCCUUAGAAGAACCGGAGGAUGCCGUGCGUGGCCGACUGGCUGAACUGCCCCCUCAGUAUCGUGCAAGACAUCUUCGCGGCUUUAGCUCAAAAUAAUUCAGAUCCUGAAUGGGAGAAAAAAGUAACUGAAUACUUUAGAGAGAAGUUAAAAGAAAACAAUGCAACAAACUGGGUACCUUCAUUGAACGAUGUCCCUCUGCAUUACCUGAAGCCCAGUAGUUUAGUAAAAUUCCGCUGUAUGAUUCAAGAUAUGUUUGAUCCCGAAUUUUAUAUGAAUAUCUAUGAAACAAUUGACACACAUACUAAAUCACAUGUUAUGCAUUUUGGAAAAUACAGAGACAUAGCAGAAUGUGGGCCUCACCAAGAAAUAGACUUAAACCCUUCGCAUGUAGUUACUGCAGAGAGACAAACAUUUUAUUGUGUUCCAGUGCCUGGAGAGUCAGCAUGGGUGAAAGAAGCCUACUCCAGUAUGAGUCAAGCUCGAGUUUGCCCUUCGACAUCUUACACGCCAAGUCGUCAAAAGAGAAGUUAUGAGGAAGAUGAAGAUAUGGAGUUGCAUCCAUCUAAACAGAGGGAACAGCACUUGGGGAGCAUUGCUGAUAUCCAUGGGAGUGGAGAACCAAAGCGAUUAGAAACUGAAGCUUCUGCAACACAUCAGAUGAUAAACUGCUCACCUCCGCUAGAUUUAAAUUUUCCACUCCCAGGAGAGAAGGGUCCUGCAUGUCUUGUGAAGAUGUAUGGAAACUGGGAUAACUUCAAAGUGAAUGAUGUUCUUGAAGUGUGUGGAAUUUUAUCAGUUGACCCAGUCCUGAACAUACUGAACAAUGAAGACAGGGAAAAUUCAUCAUCUCCAGUGGAGUCUAUGGAUUGUAUGGACACAGUAGAAGAACAGAGAGUUCAUAGUCCUCCAGCCUCCUUAGUUCCCAGAAUACAUGUCAUUUUAGCCCAAAAACUUCAGCACAUAAAUCCAUUAUUGCCUGCCUGCCUUAAUGAAGAGGAAAGCAAGAGCUUUGUUUCUAGUUUUAUGUCAGAACUGUCACCAGUCAGAGCAGAGCUUCUUGGAUUUCUUACUCAUGCCUUCUUGGGAGACAGCCUGGCUGCUGAAUAUCUUAUAUUGCAUCUCAUCUCCACAGUUUAUGCAAGAAGAGAUGUACUUCCUCUGGGAAAGUUCACUAUCAACUUAAGUGGUUGUCCAAGAAACAGUGCCUUCACCGAGCACUUAUACCGUAUUAUUCAGCAACUUGUUCCAGCCUCCUAUCGCCUGCAAAUGACCAUAGAGAACAUGAACUGCUUACAGCUUAAGCCUCAUAAGGAUUACACAGCAAAUCGCUUGGUCAGUGGAGUACUGCAGCUGGCAAGCAACACAUCUCUUGUCAUAGAUGAGACUCUGCUUGAGCAAGGACAGCUUGACACACGAGGUGUACACAAUGUGUCAGCGCUGGGCCAUCUGAUAACUUGGCAGAAGGUGGAUUAUGACUUCAGUUACCACCAGAUGGAAUUCCCAUGCAACAUUAAUGUCCUCAUCACUUCAGAGGGCAGAUCACUCCUACCGUCCGACUGUCAGGUGCACCUACAGCCACAGCUAAUUCCCCCCAACAUGGAAGAACACAUGAACAGUCUUCUUACUGCAGUGCUGCCAUCCAUCCUGAAUAAAUUCCGGAUUUACCUCAGCCUGCUGAGACUCCUGGAUUAUAGUAUAUCUGAUGAAGUUACCAAGGCAGUAGAAGAUGAUUUUGUGGAAAUGCGUAAAAAUGACCCUGAGAGUAUCUCAGCAGAUGACCUCCAUAGAACUCUGCUCAUAGCAAGGUUCCUUUCACUCAGCGCUGGACAGACAACAUUGUCAAGAGAGCGGUGGCUAAGGGCAAAGCAAUUGGAGACACUGCGUAAAGCCAGGCUGCAGCAGCAGAAGUCUGUCAAUGGAAAUGAACUCUAAAGCUACAGUAGCUACAUGACUGCCAGAGUAGUCUAAUCAAUAUGGAGCUAGCACUAAAGGAGCUUUUGUUUAUAUUGGAUUUUGUAGAUAAUUUGUACCAGAAAAUUAUAGCUGAUUAUGGCUGUUCUUUUUCAACUUGAACACAGUUUAUGGUGUUCAGUGGGUUAAUACUGAUUACAUAAAGGUUUGGGCUUGUUUUGUAACAGAACAUUAACAAUGGAAAGCGUUUGGUAUUAAACUUUACUACAAAAAUACCAUUAUACUAAAGAACCAGUAUUGUCUUCAUAGGCUGGGGCAUGAAUCUAAAAGAUGGUGGUAAUCCAUCCUGGUUUUCUUUGUAGACUCAAAAUAUAACCUGUAGUACUUACUGUAGCUUCAUAAUUGGAUUGCCUUUAAACAGUGAGAUUCAAGCUAUUUUUUUCCUGCAAACUCUGAUGGCAACUUAAUUGCAAGUAACUGUUCUAACUUGCUAUAAUUGCAGGAAGGCCAUUUUUGGUCUCUUCCACCACUGCAUGGCCAUUUGAGGGUUGGGAAGGCUGUUUUCGGCCUCCUUUGCCGCUGCGGCCGCUCCUCAGGAGCAUUUAAACCCCACGAACCACACAAGGAAGUGCCACAGAUACCUGCUACAAUAUAUUCAUUUAUCUUCUAAACAGUGCUUUUAUUGAGUCAAUAUGCAAAUAUAUUUUAACUCAUUUGUUACCCACCCAAUUAGGUGACAACCUCAGUAUUUACCUUGAGACAUACCAAAGGCAAGUAAACCCAUUUUUUUUCCCCAUGGGAGUCCUUUAAAAUUCUUUUAAUCUACUAGGAGUAACCUGGCAGCUUGCCUCCUGAAAGAGCAAGGCCAAAGCAGUAUGGUCGUCUGCUGAAAGACAACUCCAAAGCAAAGAACAUGGCAAGAUGUCAUAAGAUACUUCUCAAGAAAAGCCUCUCUUUUCAUUCUUCUAGUGGAGAACAAAAUCACAGGCUAAUACUGAUAUCCAU